UUGUAGCGUCUCGGUCCCUGUGUCGAUGUCGGUGCAGGCGGCUGUUAGCUGGGCUCUGGGGCUGUGUGACACUUGGACAGCCUGGGAAAGCGGGGAAGAGCUGAGAUGCAGCAGCCCCUUGACCGCCGUGGAGACCCAGGCAGUGAAGGGGAACCGGCUCGCUGGAGCGUCCCUGGCUGGAGACAGAGAGGCUGCGGCUUGCACAGGUAAUGGCCAUAGCUGCAGGCUCAGGAAACGUGCUGCAUGUACAGUCGCAGCAAGCAUUGUACUUGUUGUUCUGGUUGUUGCUGUUGUUGCUCUGGCAGUGCUGGUACUUAAAGCACAGCCCCAGUUCAUGGCCUGGUGCCCAGACGGCUGGAUCGGAUACCAAGGGAAAUGCUACUAUUUCUCCGAGGGUGAAAAGAACUGGACCUACAGCCAGAGCAACUGCUCUGCAUUUGGUGCUUCCCUGGCUGUGAUUGACAGCAAGCAGGACCUGGCUUUCAUGAUGCGAUACAAAGGCGUCUCCGAGCACUGGAUUGGCCUCUGGAGAGAGCAGGAGGGGCAGCCCUGGAAAUGGGUGAAUGGCUCUGAUUUCAACAGCUCGUUCCCGAUACGAGCAGGAGGUCAUUGUGCGUACCUGGACGACAAGGGCGUCAGUUCUUCAAGGUGCACCACUGAGAGAAACUGGGUCUGCAGCAAACCUGAUGCGUAUACAAGCCAGAAAAACGCGACUCAGAGUCAGGAGCUGAAAAGCUUCACAAUGGCCUACUAGAGAAACUGCCUCUUGCACAAUUUGUCUACAGCCUAACUGAUAAACAAGGGAUGAAGAAUAAAAUAGCAACAUUUCCAGUGGAUGCUGGAUUAUUAAGUUAAUUAAACUGAAAAACAACAGGAGGAAACUUCAGCAGGAUCUGGCCACAUGAGAGGAACGGGCCACCCACUGGCAAAUGAAAUAGUGUGACAAAUACAAAUAGGGUCCAGCAGAGGAAGAAUUGGGCAUUACUCAUCCAUCUUCCUCGGUCCAAAUGCAAUUGCAACAGCUCAGGAGAAGGAGCCUGGGUGAACUGCUGAUCCCACUGAAAUCUAUGCACAUUUUCCCAUUCAGUUCAAGGAGGCCAGCAUCUCACCCAGGGGUGUCAUUGUAGAUCGCCCAGUACAGACCUCAGCUGAGUGUGCAGCAGCUGACAACAAAGCAGACAAGAUGUUGGGGUAUAUUAGGAACACACUAGGUGAUGAUACAGAAAAUGCUCUGAUGUCUCAUGAACCAAAGGGACACCUGAUGCAGAACACCGUGUGCAGUACGGGUCACCUGUCUCCAAAAGGACGCUACAGAACUAGAGGAGGUUCAGAGACUGGUAAGAAGAAUGAUGGGAGGCCAGGUGGGACUUUUAUGGGUUGAGAUUGGAGCUAUUCUUGUUGGAGAAUAAGGGGACGUGAACAAGGGGAGAAAAACAAAGACUGGGAUGGGGAAGAUGGAUUGGGGUGCUGCUAUUCAAUUCAUGUCUUCAUACAAGAACAAUGGGAACACUUAACAAAAUUGAAAAUCAGCAAAUUUGAAAGUGAUCAAAGGACAUAUGUUUUUGCACAACACACAAUUAACCUGCGGAACGCACUGCUACAAGAUGUCGUUGAAGCCAUGAGCUUGGUGGGAUUUGUUUUUAAAGGACUGGGACAUUAGAUAGUGUUGUUCAUACAAGAGAGGAAAUGAACAGGCGUUUGGGAACGGAUCCAAACCUCCUCUCUUCAGGGCAUGAACCACCAUCUAAGUAAUGAAGAUCAGGAGGAAACUUCUCCAUUUGGUCGGAUAUUCCGUCACUGUCCACUAGGGGGUCUUGCAGUUACUAUGUAAAUUGCCUCUACCCAGUGACCUCGCCCUUUAAUAACCGGUUGCUCUUCCUGAGCCAAAGACGAGUCCUGCUGCUUUUAGAAAUGAAUUCAGCCAUAGUUUUGCUUCCUGGGGCAGGACCCCUGGGCGGUGUGGAUUUUUGCCGAGCAGUGCGGCUGGAUAGCAGCAGAUGUUCAGGAUGUCCUGAAUUGACCUUCCAGCCCUGGGGCUGCUUUUCAGUGGAGCAAUUUCCCUGCUGGAGCUGCCCAGUGCUUGGGAAGGAGCAUUUAAGAGAGUGCCUCUAGGCUCCAUAGUAGAAUAUCCGUGUGGAAUUGCUUCGUUUGAUCUCAUUAACUUAUUUAUUAUUAGGAUGACAGAUCUAAAUAGCUGAUAAAUCGGCCGCUAGCUGCUAUUAAAACAACCUUCUCUCCUGCCUUCUCCAAAAGAGGGUGCAGACAGGGGGCUUUAACAUUAUUAAUACAUCCCAGAGAAAUGGGAAACCGGCCUGACUGAACUCACUUGGGCCACUUCUCUCAGGAUUCAGAGUUUAAAUCCUUUGGGCAAACAACCCAGCAGUGAAAAAGCCACAGGUUGCAGUGUCAUAAAUGUCUCCCAGCUGUGAUGCUACUUUACACCGGUCCUGAUUGGGCCGGUUUGAAACUGACUGGAGGAGGAUUAGACAAAGCAGAGCAGCUAAAGGACUGAGGGAACGAUCUUAAUGUAAAAAUCCCAUUUAAACCCAGGCGCCUUAAUUAAAAACAUAACACAAAUGCAAUCACAAAACCAAAACAGCCCUGCAUCCAGCGCCUGGUCAGGAAAUCAUGUCACAGAUUGAAUCAGUCCCCGCCACUGAAAACUGACAAGUUGUCAAAAAUUAGACAGUUUGGAGACCAGCGUUGGUUUCACUGAAUCUCCUGACUCCAAAUUUAUUGGGGAAAAAAUAUUUUGAAAUUUUCAAAACAAGAUGUUUUGACAUAUUCAAACCAGAAUGUUUUGGGCUUUGAGCCAGAACGACGGUUUCUUUUGACAUUUUUAGGAACUUUAAAUGUGAAAAAAGGUCAUAAUCAAAACAUUUUGAAAUUACCGAAACGAAUGGUUUCUGUCAUAGGU